GAAUGUGGGGAUCCAGACACGCACCCCUCUGCUUUUCUGUGGAGUGUCUGGAUCCUGGCAUUGUCCCUGGGCACAGAGGAGUCCAGUCCAGAUCCCGGGGUGCAAGCAUUGCAGCUCCCCACCGAUCCCAGGAGCAGCCCUGACCCCUGGGAGCACGCAUGGGGCUUAGAGCAAUGGAGUGGGGAAGGGAUUAACCUGCCCUGUGUCUGAACGGUGGUGACCUGAGUGUGGAAGGGAGGGGGGAUAUGGUGACCAGAUGUCCUGAUUUUAUAGGGACAGACCUGAUAUUUGGGGCUUUGUCUUAUAUAGGUGCCUGUUACUCCCCCACCCCCAACCCGAUUUUUCACAUUUGCUGUCUGGUCGCCCUAGUGUGCAGGGCGUUCUGCACGAGGGGUGCAAGGACUGUGUGUGCCUGAAUGGCAGGGAGGGGCGGGCUGUGAAUGGCAGUGACUUGAGUGUGUAACACGUGAGUAGUGUGUGUGCUGGGAUGAGUGCGUGAAUGGCGGGGGAGGGGGGGCAUGCAGGGCGUGCAUGUGUGUGUGCGCGUUGGAGAGGGAAGGGCCAGGGAGAGUGUGUUCCUGCUUGCAGAAGGGGAGGCAGGGGCUGCGUGUGUGAGAAUUUGACCAGCGUGCAGAGCUCAUUGUGUCGCGUGGCAUGGGGACAGCCGUGUCCAUGAUUGCAGCAGCCAUCCAGACAGCACGACUCUUGGUGUCGGAUGCGUGUUCAAUCUAGCUGCCUUGGAUAAAACACCUGCUGCGCUUGGAAACCUCUCCCUUUGCCUGUGCCGCUGCAGAGAGAGCCCAGCACCAGACCAGGAAACACCCAGGCAGAUUGAAUUCCCAGCAAGGUGGACACGGUCCUUCAUCCGUUUAUUGAGUCCCGGAGGGCUACCUGUGUAGGUUCCCGCAGUCAUGGAGUCCCCCAACAGCAUGUCGUCCUGCGAGUCUCUGUAUUCAGUCGACAGUGCCGCCAGCGACGAAGAGGACAAGUGUUACGACUUCGGCGUCUUCCUGUCGGACAGCGAGAGCGAGGUGGAGAAGGAGGCAGGCGGGUUGAGCCGCCGGAGAGACGCCCGCUCCAGAGGGGAGAGGAAUCUCUUUUCUCCCAAGUCGGCAUGGACUAGCCCCAGCCUGCCAGGUCGGGACUGCAAACGCAGGACAGCGAAACCCACUUUGCAGAGCUCUGCUAGACAACGGCCGUCGAGUCAGUGCGGCCGGUUUUCCGGGGCGUUGGAAGGCAGAUACCCCUCCGCCUGCGCAUACUUGAUGGACGGGGAUGGCAGCCUGGCCGGGAGGAUUCUGAGCCAGAAGAGGGUGGAGAGCGGACGGAAGCAUCUGAUCCGUCCUGCGGGGGAGAGGGAAUACCCCAAGUAUGCUGAAAAGCCCGCUGUCCACGGGUUAAAACGGCAAAGGAACGGGGAAACGGAGAUGAAGGAAGCUCCAACGUUGCCCUUGACCGACGGUGACCGGCUGUUUGCCCAGAAGUGCCGGGAACUCCAGGGCUUCAUCAGGCCUCUCGCGGAGCUUCUGAAUGGGCUGAAGAGAGGUCGCUACAAACGAGGGUUAAGCAGCUUCCAGCGGAGCGUGGCCAUGGACAGGAUUCAGAGGAUAGUUGGAGUCCUGCAAAAGCCAGAAAUGGGGGAGCGAUACCUGGGCACCCUGCUGCAGGUAGAAAUGAUGCUGAAAGUUUGGUUCCCUCACGUCGCCUUGAACAGUUCCUGUCCUGAUUCCAAUCCAGCCGAGCAUGCGCGCAAGCUGGCGAAGCAGUCCCACCCCAAGCCUUCAGCAGUGGACAGCUACGGAGGAAAGCCCGCAGUGCCCAGCGAAGACUCUGCCCAAAACCCCGCCGUGGAGAAGCUGCACCACACGGACCCGGCCGCAGCCGACGGCAAAGCUGACGCGGUGUGGAGGGAGCAGGCCUGCUUUCUGGCCGACUGGUCUGCCAUGAACUUGACCUGGAUGCACACCUCACCCAUCUGCAACCCGCCACUGGGGCUGGCGAACCUAGGGCACUUGAAUGCUGCUUUCAGCCAGGCCCUGCUCGGACCAAACGCUUGCGGGGUCAUUCUCUUCCUCCACAACAACCUGACGGCCCCUGCGCCCUUCUUCCGCUCCACCUCCGUCACUCCCGACAAGAGCUCGCCCGCCUUCUGCCACCCCAAGCAACCUCCGGGUACGGGAGACCCCCCGAGAUGCCAGAGUCUGCCCGGGGCCAUGGCAGCAGGGAGCUACAUGCUUAGCCAGCAUCCAGGCAGCCACUCCAAAUCUUUGCCUCACUUGCCCAUCUCCAGCAAGGAACCCAAGCCAGCAGCUGCUUGGACUGGGAAUCGAGAGUCAGAACUGCUGGCUAGGAAAGGGCCCGUGUAUUCCUCUUGAUGCUCGGCUUGAGGCACUUCCCAAAAUGUGUGAAUUUUAUUUCUUUUUUUAUUUCUGCUUUUUUUGUUUUUUAAAGUAAAACAUUUCACGCCUGUGUAAAAGUCUGAUAAACUUCCAGGAGGGAAAAAAUUAAUGUUAUUAAAAGGUUUAAACCAGA